AAUGCAGGUUAACUGUGGGCUAUAUCUAGCUAAAAGCUAACGUUUUACUGCGUUUCUGCGUCGUUGUUUUCGGUCUCUCUGAUAUUUUUAUGAUAUUUGUGUUUUGUGAUAUUUGUGUGAAGACUUUGUCGUUGAAACUUUGGGUUAAAGAAAUCAAGUUGACUCUGCUGCCGGACUCGGACAGACGGAGCUGCGCUGUUUUCAGAUCACCUUGGCUGCGCCCCUCACCUUCCUCCUGAUCAGUGUCUUUGGGUGUGGGUGACACUGGCUCUGUGCCAGUCCUCCACAGAUGAAGAUGUCCCUGGCCCAGCGAGUGCUCCUCUCCUGGAUAUUUACCCUGAUCUUCCUGAUCUUGCUGGUCCUCAAGCUGGACUCCAGAAUCCACUGGAACUGGUUUCUCAUCUUCCUCCCUGUUUGGACCUUUGACACCAUCCUUAUCCUCAUGCUGAUAGUGAAGAUGGCAGGCCGCUGCAAGCCGGACUUUGACCCCAGGGAGGGUGAGCAGAGCGUGAAGAAGAGGCUAUGGUACCUGACAGCCCUGCUGCUGAAGCUGGCCUUCUGCCUGACUCUGUGCUCCCGCCUGCAGGGGCACACCAAAGUGUGGAUCAGUGUGGUCUGCAUCCCUCUGUGGGUGCUACUGGGUGGAGCGCUGAUGGAGCUGGGCUAUAGUGUUUUCCACUAUAGGAGGGACUGAAAUUACAGGAUGUGAACUUUUUAUACUCAGGCAUCUGUAACCAAGGAUGCACCACUGAAGAAAGAUGCAGACCUUAGUUUAAAAUACACUAUUCCUCUGCUGUAAGUGCAGACUCACUGGGUCAGUGAAAUCUACACACUGGAGUACGCAGGUUCUCAGUUAUAGCACCUGCUUCAGGUGGUAUCAGUGUGUCAUUUUGUGAUGCCGUCAGAUAUCAGUUCAAUGUGUUUUGGCAUCUUGGUGAUAAAUCCAGCCCUCAUUGUUUUUGGCCACACAUUGCUGCCUUUUAGCUCAUUUUUUUAGUACAUGCUGGAUCAGUCUAUCUGAUCCAGCAUGUACUACACAAAAAUGUUGAUUUUCAUUUUUUCUACAUUAUCUGCACUCUGUCAGCAGGUUUGAAUGUAAAUGCAUAACUUCC